AUGGGUGGCUCCUGGAAAAUGUAUAUGUAUGGCAUCGCGCCAUGUACCGGAGGUGUGGCGUUCGGAUAUAGGGAAGGUUAUAGUGCUGAUUUCUGGGCAGGUGGAAUCCUCACAAUGCCCCAAUUUCUCUCAUAUAUGAACUACCCUGGGAACUUUUUACAGGGAGGUAUAACUGCAUCAAUCCAAGCUGGCUCGUUUGCAGGGUCCCUCCUGACAGGCGCUUUUCUGGCGGACCGCCUGGGUCGUCGAAACACCAUUCUCCUGGGAUCAUUGAUAUUCACCAUCGGUGUAGCUAUCUCAACCGCAUCCAAUGGAGUUACAGCUCUUGUUGCAGGUCGGGUGAUCAAUGGCUUGGGCAAUGGUUGUUUAGCAAUGAUGCUAAGAAAAGAUAGGAUCCGUGGUCGGAUUGUUUCGAUGCAACAAUGUUGUAUCAAUUUUGGAAUUCUUAUUGCAUUUUGGAUACAAUACGGUUCAAGCUUUCUGUCAGGGAAUGCGUCAUGGCGCCUAGCAUUAGGACUUCAGAUGAUUCCAACAAUUUCAUUACAUCUUACCAUGUACUUCAUGCCGGAAUCACCUCGAUGGCUUGCACAGAGAGACGAACACGAAAAGGCACUGCACGCGCUGGCCAGGUUGCAUUCAAAUGGCGAUAUCAAUGACCCUUUCGUGCAUGCGGAAUUGGCUGAGAUUGAGGCGAAGAUUCAGUGGGAGAGGCAGAAUCCACCUCCGUCUUAUAUUCAGAUGCUGAUUGGACGUGAUCGCCGUCGAACAUGGCUGGGAAUUGGAGUGCAAUUCUGGCAACAAGUCACUGGUGUUAACGUGUAA